UGUGGUUUCUGUGUUUCCCCUUAUUUUUGAAAACUCCACAAUCCCACGCGCCCAGCUAAAAAAUGAACACAAAUGUAGGACUCAAGGAUUCUAAAGGCGAUAUGUUAAACGCCGACCAGAAUGCGGAACAGCCAGAGCCAGAAGAUGCAGCCGCGUGUAAAAUAGAAGAGUUACCAGAUAAUUGUGGCUACAAAUUAGCAUUACAAAUUCCAAAAGCCUUCUAUGGCGGCUUUAUGAAGGGACAUACCAAACGACACAUAGAGGCUGCGACAGAAACUGAAAUUUAUGUGCCACGUCGAUCUGAAAAAUCUAGCAGUCUUAUCAUUAAGGGAAAAGAACGAGGUAAUUUGUGCACAGCUCUCCACAAGAUUCGACUGCUAGUUGAUACAUUGCGCAAGAAAAUGCGGCCCACCCACUUUUUGGCGGUUCCACUUAACACUGGGGCCAUGCAGAAGCAGUUUUUGGCAUUGAAAAAAUGCAUUUUGGAAGCUCAACUCCCAGGCAUUGACACAGAUCUGUUUAUUUCGGAACGCUGCCUUCACUUGACCCUAGGCGUCUACGUUCUACUGGACGGUAGAGAACGCGAAAAUGCCAUGAAAGAAUUGCAAAUGUGUCGCCAAUAUUUUACGGAAUCAUAUAAAUCAUUUCAUCUUAAUAUAAGGGGCUUGGAAAUCAUGAAUGAUAAUCCGAGCUCGACUCGAGUGGUCUAUGCACGCGUGGAGGCGCCAGAACUCCAAGAAUUUGCGGACAAGUGUUUGAAACAUUUCAAACAAACCGGGCUUUGUGCGUCCGCCGAAAGUAAACGCGACAACGUAAAAUUGCACAUGACAAUCUUGAACAAUCGUUAUCGUAAGAAAUUAAACAAACAAAGCUCCAACAGUUUUGAUGCGCGUGAGAUUAUAAAACGAUUCGGUGACUACGACCUCGGCGUCGCGCAGUGCGACGAAGUACAUUUGUGUGAGCUUGGGUCCUCGGGAAAAGUAAAUUACUUUUAUAAGAUCACCGGGACUUUAAAGUUUGAAGACACAAUAAACACAAACAACAACUAAUAAUAAACUUGUAUUCAAAUUUCAUCUGAACAUUUGUGUUAGGGCUUUUAUUUUAAAAGCUCAGUCGGGUCCCAAACUAAAACCUAAAUGCAUUGGUCGAAAUAAAGGGGAAUAGGCAGAUCGUCAUUGACUGAAUUGAAAAUGAAGGCCAAACCACAAGCCAAAUCUAAAGUCAAGAUAAAUUAUGAUUAAUUUAACAGUCCUAGGAGGAGGGGUUUAGUGGGUGCGAGGCCCAAAUACCUCUCUGCGAAGGUAUUUUCCCUUCUCACCAACAAAGGAUGAUUUUUAUGAUACAUACAUAUGUACUU